AUGACAGUAGAAAUCGUAUCACGCAAUUGCACAGUUCUCGUAAUGGCAGCAAGAGUUAAUAGCUGGGAUGCUUUCAAGUAUCAUUGGCGCGUUUGGGACUUAAGUGGAUUUCGUGGACCGAAGACCUCUUCACCUUGGUAUAUUCCUUACAAAGUGUAUACAAUAGUGAUAACAAUACUAUUUCCGAUUUACUAUCCCAUCUGUUUCACCGUCAAGAGUAUGCUCGCAGAUAACUUAAACGACUUCUGUGAAGUUAUCUACAUAGCCAUGUCCGUUGUAACACUCAAUGUCAAAUUCCUGACCUUAUUCAUUGUUCGCCAAAAAUUGUUGGAACUUGGACCUAUACUCAAACAGUUGGAUGCCCGUGCAAAGUCUGACGAGGAAAUCAAUGUACUUCAAAAGGGAAUUGAUUCAGCUAAUAAGUGCUUUUUGACAGUCCUACAACUCUUUUAUUCGGCCUUUGUCACUAGUCAGUUGAUGGUGAUUUUCUCCGCGGAAAGACGUCUCAUGUACCCUGCUUGGUAUCCCUUCGAAUAUAAAGCUUCAUGGACCAUGUUUUGGAUUGCUUAUGGUUAUCAAACAAUUGGUUUUCUUGUGCAAUGCACGCAGGCUUGCUCGGUGGACACAUAUCCUCAAGCUUACAUUCGAGUCCUCACCGCUCACAUGCGGGCGCUGUCUAUACGCAUCCAACGAAUCGGUUUCCAAACCAAAAGCUGUGAUUCGCCAGAUACCAGUCAUUUAACAAAAGCUGAAAUGAAACACAACUACGCCGAGCUAGUCUCCUGCAUUAAGGAUCACAAAACGAUUAUUGAGUUAUUUUCAACCAUACAAAAGACUCUAUCCGGUACAUCUUUGGCUCAAUUCAUUUGCACUGGCCUGGCUCAAUGCACCAUAGGUGUUUAUAUGCUUUAUGUUGGCUUCAAUCUUUCGAUUAUGUUGAACAUGGCUGUCUUCUUCAUAGCAGUGACAAUAGAAACCUUAAUCCUCUGCUAUUAUGGUGACCUUUUCUGCCAGGAGUGUGAGGAGCUAUCGAACGCCAUUUACAAUUGUAAUUGGACAGUUCAAAGCAACAAAUUCAAAAAGGCAUUGUGUACUUUUCUACUUCGCUCACAACGUUUGAAUGUGUUGAUGGCAGGCAAUUGGAUACCAGUAAAGCUACCAACUUUUGUAAUG